AGAUGCUGCCAUUAUAUGAUAGUGAGAACCUCUGAAUACUACCGUACCGCGAUCGGUAAUUUUAUUACCUAUUGUUUUUUCAUACCUCUCCAAUACAGAAGGGCAACUCUUUUGACCUUUCCAAUCACACGUGAUUAGGACCCAAUUGUAGAAUCCCCUUAGCCCUUAUCAAGAUGUCUACGGAUAUUGCGACCUCAGACUAUCUUGCCAUACGCAACAUUGCUUUUGAAUGGUCUGAAAGCUAUGACAACAAGGACUGGGAACGGCUCCAAAAGAUCCUUGCCCCCUCAAUACGGCUUGACUUUCGUAGCCUUCGAGGCGAGUUACACGAGAACUUGUCUCCAGAUGAGUAUGUCGCUAUCCUCUCAAGCACGAAGCUGUUGGGCGACCCGCGAAUGAAAACCCAACACUUCCUGGGCGCGUCGAAAUGGGAGCGUUUGAAUGAUGGGUCGGUAAAAGUUGAUCAUCAGAUUCGGGUGGCGCACCAGCGCUAUAAGAAUGAGGAUCUUGCAGAGGUAGUAAAUAAGGGGCAUGGACAUGGGGUGACGCAGCACUUUUAUAGGAAGUUCAAUGAGACGUGGAAACUAGUUGGUGUUGCGCCAAGCCUGAACUGGUUUGAAUACGAUCUAUUCGGGACGCUUAACCCGCCGGAUUAGGGAUCUUAAUGGUAUGUUUUGCCGUUGCGAUAUUGAGGGGGGGAGGGAGUAAAAAAUGCUAGAGUAAUUGAGUGCGGUGAGCCUUUGUGUUACUUAUGUAUCCCGCACUUAGGCUAGAAGGGUUUUUAAGGAGAGUCACACGAUUCUACUAGACCACAAUCUGGAUUCUUGUUGUUAGUUGGAUAUAUACUUCAGUCAAUCCUGUUGUCAC